CCUUCUGUAACGCCAUCUGAAGGCUGUGUGCGUCAAUACGCCUACUCUCUUUGUUUCCCAUUCUGUUUCAGAGCAACUGCCAUUAAUUCGUUAAUAUCAACCGACUAAAAUGGCCGCAACAACUCUUGGGCAGAGCGUGAAGGUAUCACGUCGUCGUGUAGCGGGUGGUCGCGAAGGGUCGUAUGGAGGUGAAGCGGUGCAGAGACUUUGCAGCAUGCUCGAACAGCUGCACGGCCGAGCAAGUAGAAGCGUGGAAUUGAAGCAGCAGGAGGCUUCAGGAAGCGGCAGUCCCGCUGUGAGGUCAGUUUUAGGUCGUCUGAGUCGAUGCAGAUCCGGGUUCGCGUCGGCAGACGAGAUGGCGUCGGCGCUGGAAAAGCAAAGGAGAUUUGUCAAUCAACUGCGAGAGGAAACGAUCUCGUACGAGACGCACUUAGAGAGAAGGACGGGCAGCAGAGUACAGGUUGACACUAAUGGAGACGAAGAGCAGGCUAAGGGUCUCCCUGCAGCCAAUUCAUUGGACAAGAGUUUGUCAUAUAGGGCAAAAGUGGACAGUAAGAAAGAGGAUAUGGAAGAUAAGAGUGGAGAAGUCAUGCCCUCUCAAUUUCUAUCUCCUCCUCAUUUGCACACCCAAGUGGUGACUGCCCAAGAAAACGGAGGACAGAAAACACAGGGUCACUAUGGUGAAGACAAUAGUAGAGCCACAUGGCCUGAAGCAAGAGCUAUAGUGCAGCUACAGAGAGAAAAAAAUGAUGCGCUAGAGUUAUGUAAGGCUUUGCAAGAGACCCUAGCACAAUUUCAUAGACAGGAACGGGAGGUCCAGAUUAGAAUGAGACAAGCUUUGGAUUGUAUACAGAAGGCUGAUGAGUUUAAGGCCGAGGCAGAAAAGAGCCAAAGAGAGUUGCUAGAACAGAUGGAACAAAUCGAGGUCGUUCACCAGGAACAGCUUAGUAGCAUGGAAGAAAGCUAUGAGAAGAAAUUGCAAGGGAUUUCGCACGAACGACAGUCACAAAUCGAUUAUUUGAAUCAAAAACUGUCAGAGACUACUGAAGAGGUUGAAGGUCUGAAGAGGCAGCUGGAAAAAUCACGAAGAGAAGUGGAGCAAGAGAAAGACAAAGCGACAAGAUCGGAAGAAAAGAGAAAACACGAUUACAAACGUUUACAGGAUGAGAUAUCACGGACAGAGGCUAAACACACAAGAGAGAUGGAACUAAAGGACGACAGACUAGAUGAAGCCACUGAUACUAAUAGAUUGCAAAGCAAGCAGCAGCAAACAUUAGAAGAACAAUUGGAAGUGCUUCAACUGCGGUUACAGACAUACGAGAGAGACUGUGUUUCAGCUCAAGACAAGAGCUGUUCGUUGCAAGAGAGAGUCAGUAGUCUACAGAAAGAGCUAGCAGAAUACGAAAGACAGAAUGCUGUUUUGCUAGAGAAGCUCAAUGCUGCCGGAGAGGAGAAGAAAGAUUUGGAGAGAAGUGUUUGCCAUCUGCAGCUGCUGGUCCAUAAAACAAGAGUGCAAGCUGAAGGUUCAUUUGGUGAUCUUGGAUCAAUGGUGGAAGAACAAAAGCAACUGGCAGCUAGAUGGAAGAGAGAGUCGGAGCUGCUUGCUGAUCGAUUGCAGGAAACGACAGCGAGACUGCAGCAGCAACGGAAACUUGAGCAGACUGCAGUUCAAGAAGAAAUCGAAUCAUUAGAAAAGAAACUAGUUGACAGUCAGCUACAGUGUGUCAGGCAUGGAGCCGUUCAUCAAGAAAUGCAGCAACUACUCAGAGAGACAGAUCAACGAGCAAUCACCAGCCAGAAACAGGUGUUAGUUCUGCUGGAGAGACAGAAGAAUUUGUUGGAGGAAAGACAGUCCUUGUGUGGGAAGUUGGAACAGUUACAACAGCAUGUGAUAGAACUCAAGGCUAAACAAGGCUCUCCUACUUAAUUAUUGUGGACAGAAAAUUUUAUACUUUUUUAUCAGAUGAAUAAUGAAUAUAUACUACCGUGGAGACGUAUUUUCAAA